AUGACUACUCAAGAAUCGAUCAAGCCUUUGGUCGACAGAAUCUUAUCGAACCCUCUGCAGUUUAGUGCUGCAAUGAUCUCUAAGAAAUCAAAGAAUAAUAAUAAUAAUGGUACUACCGCCGCGCCGCAAAAUAGCUCGUACAUCGUGAUAGGGAAGCAGCAUAAUAAUAGCAGUUCUGGCGGCACCACUAUUGCAACUUCUAAUGGCGGCCAAGCACAACCCGAUGGGUCGAUGGAAAAGUCUAAAAAUGAAAAUAAGCCUGAUGCCGCUCCCAAAUCGAUGGCCGAAGCUUUGUUACUAUAUACUUCUAAGAAUAGUAACAGCGGUAAUAAUGUUGCCGCUGUGAAAAGGCCAGCGGAGCUUUCUACGGAGCUUUCUACGGAACCUCCCACUUCUGCUUCUGCCUCGGAAGAUGAGAAAGAAGUUGAGAAGGAAGACGAGAAAGAAGAACAGGUCCAUGAAGAAGAAGAAGAAGGAGAAGGAGAGGUAUUUCACGAGGCAAGGGAUUAUCUAGAGCCUGAAAAUGCCCACAUAAACGAUGACGAAGACAUUGGUGAAGACAUCGGUGAAGACAUCGGUGAAGAUUUUGGCUUGCCUGUAGCUACCGUUGAUGGAGAAGAGGAAAAGGGUACGCUUUCUGGCACCAAUGAAGCGGACGAUGAUGAUGAAGACAUGGAUUAUGAUUCCACUGCCAUGGAGAAGGAGCUCCCUGAAGAAGAAGAAGAAGGAGGAGAAGGAGGAGAAAGCGAUUCUAGCUCUGCAAUUUCCGAAGAUGAGAAAAAGGAUCUACGCAAAGAUUUGAUAGAGGCUAAUACAGAAAACGUAAAGCAAGGCGAAACGCAAAACAACGACGCGGAAGCAAGUAAGAUCGUAACUCCAAAAGGAGAACAAGAAGAGGAAGAGGAAGAGGAAGAAGAAGAAGAAUUAAAACAUAAACCAAGAUCAGUUACCCCACCAACUACGAUAUCAGAUCUGUCGAACUUUUACCAAUUUAAUGAAAAUAUCAACGAUCACGGGUCCUUGAAUUCUAGUAAAAUCAUCAAGAAUUGGGGUGACCAAUUCACUACUUUGAAACCUCGUGGCCUAUUAAACCAUGGUGUUACUUGUUAUACAAAUGCCGCAGUGCAAGCCAUGUUACAUAUCCCUUCCAUUCAACAUUAUCUGUUUGACAUUCUUUUAGGAAAGUACGACAGCACCAUCUCAAAAAGCUCUGUUUCCUACACUCUAGCCGAAACGAGCAAGAAAAUGUGGUCACCGAUCUCGAAAAAUCCUAAAAAAAGCCCUUCAGCCUCUUACAUCAAUCCGAAAUAUUUAAUAUCCAGACUAGAUGAUAUCAACUGUAUGAUGAGCGAAUGGCAGCAGGAAGAUUCUCAUGAAUAUUUCAUGUCACUGAUGUCAAGAUUACAAGAAGAUUCCGUCCCCAAGGGGCAUAAGCUAAUAGAAUCGAUAAUCUAUGACAUAUUUGGCGGUCUUUUAAAGCAAAUCGUCACUUGCAAAUCUUGCGGCAGUAUAUCCAAAACGGAACAACCCUUUUACGAUCUAUCGUUGCAUUUGAAGGGUAAGAAAAAGCUGGAUUCAGAUUCAGAUUUGUUGGAUGGUAGCAGUAAUAAUGCUUCCACCGCCAGCUUUACUUCCAACGCCACCACUGCACAAUCAUCAGCCUCUUCUGCUGCUCCCAAUCUGAAUACCACUACUCCAGGCUCUGCAGCCGGCAAUUUAAGUUCAGUCAAUCGUAGGUUCUCCAUUGAGAAGUCAAUCAGAGAUUUCUUCAAUCCUGAAUUGAUUAAGGUUGACAAGGAACAAAAGGGUUAUGUUUGUGAAAAAUGUCACAAGACUACAAACGCUGUCAAGCACAACUCGAUCAUAAGAGCACCAGAGACUUUACUUGUACAUUUGAAAAAAUUUAGAUUCAACGGUACUUCGUCAUCCAAGAUGAAGCAAGCCGUUUCAUAUCCGAUGUUUUUAGAUUUAACAGAAUACUGUGACGAUAAAGAUUUACCUGUCAAGUACCAACUAUUAAGCGUGGUCGUCCAUGAAGGUCGUUCUCUCUCUUCCGGUCAUUAUAUUGCCCACUGUAAACAACCAGAGGGUACUUGGGCUACUUACGAUGAUGAAUAUAUUAAUAAAAUUUCUGAAAGAGACGUGCUGAAAGAGCCUAACGCCUAUUAUCUCUUGUAUACGAGGCUAACUCCCAAGGUGAUUUCGUUGCCACUAGCAAAGUCUACAAUGACGGCCGACAAUAUUACUUCGUCCAAAUCCAAACAAGAACAAGCAUCCAGCGAAUCAAAUAAACGUCCAUUAAAGAUUAACAGUAAGAAAAAUAACCGGAAAAAAUGGAAAAAGAAUAAGAAAAGGAAGUUCUCUAAAUAA